AUGAAUUUCAAUCAAUUGAGCAGCAAAAUCAAAGAAAAACUUGCCCAAGAAAGUCUUUCUCCAAACUCUGACUAUUCUCCUCCAUUGGAACCACGAAACAAGAGAGUAUUUCAGGCUCAACAUGGAUAUCUUGAGACAGAAACCAAAACCUACACAUAUCUGGAGCACCCAACUCCCUACAGACGACUCAACUCCCCCAAUACUGCCAGUUUGUAUAGAAUGCAGGGCGAAGAAGCUCCAGCAUCGCCAAAAAGCGACUUUUUUUCCAAACACAUGAACGAACAGAACACCAAGAACUACGGCAAGAAAGCCAGCCAGUUUCUCAUGAACCACAUGAAAAGGAAGUUUUGA